UGCAAUAGGUGCCUACCUACUAUUACUGGCUACGGGCACUGCAUCACACACAUAUCGAUCAUCAAAGUCGCCGGUUUGACUGGCGUGUAUCCAGUCAGAUCUGCAUACUGUACACAUAUCUUAUCUGCAUUGCCUGCCUACGGGCUGGACAAAUCCUGGGUCUUGCUCCUUCUUCCUUCCUCUCCGCUGUGGGAGGCCGGACAGGAGCCUCUGGGCCACGCAAUCCUUCAUCUCCGGCCUCCAUCUGGCGCAUCCGGUCUUCGUCUUCGGAUUCAUCAACGCCUUGCCGCGUCGCUGGAUACAAUUACAAUGGCAUGGUCUAAGUUGGUCGUGAAGGUCAUUCGUGUUCACAAGCUAUUCCCAGAGCAUAGUAAAGAUUCUACAAGUGCCUUUGUCGUGGUUACCUUUGAUUCUCGACAGUUCCGCACCAGCACCAAGUUCAAGGACGUGAGCCCAUCGUGGAACGAGAGCUUCUACUUCGACAUGUCGGAUGAAUAUAAUCUCGAUAAGCUUGCUCUUGAAGCUUUUGUAUAUGGCGUCGAUAAAUCAACCCAAAGCUCCAGGUCACUGCUCGGCAAGGUCAGCCUGUGUGUCACGCCUGACUCCAUGAAGGAUGUCAUGUAUUAUCCACUACAGAAGAAUGGGGCGUUCCCCCGUGAAGCCAAGGGGGUUUUGGCUCUGCAUGUAUGCAUUACUGACGAGGCUUCCAUCAGAUCUCAAGAACCCAUGAAUACCAGCAUGCGCUCACUCCAGCUUUCCUCGGCAAUGAGGUUGUGCGUGGAGGUCGUAAGUGCUCAUGACCUCAUGCCCAAGGAUGAGCAAGGUUCUGCAAAUACUUGUGUUGAGCUUUCCUUUGAUUACCACCAGUUCCACACGGCUGUCAAGGAGAAAGAUCUGAACCCAGUGUGGAACGAACGCUUUUACUUCGACGUGUGGGAUCCAUCUAGUCUUCCCGCGCUUGUUCUUGAGGCGUGUGUAUACAACGUCAACAAGUCCCUCAAAGGUUCCAAGUCCUUCCUUGGCGUGGUCAGACUGAAUUCCUACUCAUUCUUGAGUUACUCUGAUGACGCUGCAACAUCAUAUCAUCCACUGCAACAGAGUGGAAUGUUCUCGCCUCGUGUUACAGGGGGAUUGCGUCUAAGGGUAUACAUCACCAGUGAGCCCUCCGGUGGAGCCCCAAACCCAAUAGGCUUUCCACAAAACCAGAGUUCAGCAUAUGCUGUACCAUUUCAAAAUUUGAAACAAAUGACAAAUAACUUCUGCACCGACCGAAAACUUGGCCAGGGUAAUUCUGGUGUGGUAUAUAAGGGGGUGCUAAAAAAUCGGGAAAUGAUUGCUGUGAAGAGGAUCGUGUCAUCAUGGAUGCCUGGUUCGCAGGAGCAAUUUCAGAAUGAGGUUUAUCAUCUUAUGAUGCUUAAGCACCCCAAUAUUGUACGAUUUCUAGGCUACUGCUAUGAAACACGGAAUGAGGUUAAGCUGUGCAAUGGGAAACGUGUUUUUGCGGAGGUAGCUGAAAGGUUACUUUGCUUGGAGUAUCUUCCCAAGGGAAGCCUUGAUAAAUAUCUAUCAGAUGAAUCUUCCGGACUUGAUUGGAGCACACGCUACAAUAUAAUCGAGGGGAUUUGCUACGGGUUAUGUCACCUUCACGAGCAAAUUGAUAAGAAGAUCAUUCACUUGGACCUUAAACCUCCGAACAUAUUGCUGGAUGAUCGUAUGGUACCAAAAAUCACAGACUUUGGUCUGUCAAGACUACUUGAUCAACAACAAACACUUUACACUGAAUCUCGCCAUGGAACAUUUGGUUACAUGCCACCUGAAAUAUUUCAUGGAGGUACAGUUACACCUAAGUCAGACAUAUUCAGUCUGGGUGUAAUAAUCAUGGAGGCACUUACAAAAUGGAGGGUUGUGUUGCAUAGAUCGACAUGUGAUGAGUCUCUAGAAACAUAUUGCAAACAAAUAAAGAGAUGCAUCCAGGUAGGUCUAAUGUGCGUGCACCCUGACCGCACCAAAAGGCCUCCGAUAAUGCAGGUUAUCGAUAUGCUUCAAGGACUGAAAGUUAUCGACCGCAACAUUAUUGAUAAUGCAACGCAACAGUAUUAACAAUGUAAUGUCAUCGUCAGGCCCGUGUGGUGAGCCACUGGAUCGACUCCGCCUUUGAGAGUAUCAUGCAAGGGGCAGGCGUUAUCUUGGUCGGCUUCUUCGCGCAUGUUACUGACCCUUUGUCAGAGAAUCGUGUAUGUUGCAACCUGCAAGCGUCCCCCAGCAAUGCUUCAUCUCUGCUGGAUGGCGUUUCUGUCGUUGAAGCUGAAUAUGAAGCAGGCCAGUGGGGGUUGUUGCCCGGCCUGCCCAAACAUGCACACUACUGUUUGCGUUUUACCAAUACUGUAACUGUUAGAACCUGGAUGGAACUGGAACGGAACGUGACGUUAGUUUUGCAAUCCGAUGGAGAAUGGCCUCGCUCGUAUUUAUUUAUCUCAAAACAAGUUGUGUUCUGGAGCUCUUAAUAAGAGCAGCUCAAGGGACUAGUUAGAUGAGAACCAAACCACGCUGGGAAUGUGUAAAAUGAACAGAAUGUUGAGGCCCUCUGUUUCUUCCAACUGAACUGAAGAAUUAAGCCGUAUGUAUGCAUAAUUGCAGAGAAGCUUCGCAUUUGCUUUUCCUGUAUCUCCCUCCACAUAUGAUAUGUGCAGGACAUCUAUCAAAAUUUCUCCAGCGGCCGUAGGAGACUGGGAAGCUAGUCGAACCCCCGGCCUGGGCCUGCAUCAGCAUCAUCGUGGCAGGAGCGCUGGAGACCUGCAUCAACCUGUCCGCGGAGGUUUCUCUGUCGUUGUCGCUGCAUAAUACUCCUGCCUUCCACCCUGCUGUAAAUAAAUUCACCCAAUAAUAUGUGAUUAUACUGAUCACAUGUAUAGAUGGCUCAGCCUGCGUCUUCUUUUCACCUGAGAGAUGAGAUCACAAAAUAAUCAGACCACUAGUUAAUCAAAGGCAAAUUUUUCACGUGAGAGGUACGAGAGACUUUGCCAGAGGUUGUACAUUCGGUAUGGUACACUAUGAUUCAGUGUUCAAGAGCGAGAUGUGGCAAGAAGAUGCUAGGGUUCUUUUACCAAAGAGGGCCCGGUCCGUCAGUGAGCUAGCACAAGAACCUUUCAUCCACGUGAAUUUCCUAGUUUCUUGGACCAGAGGCCCUGAUCAGUGGUGUGACGGCACCGGCAAGCCCAUACCGGCACGGGUCCCGACCUCAGCCUCCGGCGCCAAUGAUGGCCGAAGGGGAGGGCGUCCACGACUGUGGCGACCUACGCUCACAACGCCGGGUGCAUAAACAGGGUCCCUCAUAAAUUUUGCUCCUUGUACAUGUUAUGGCAAGCGAUCAUAAACGUCCAUAAACAGGGUCCCCCAUAAACUAGUGAAGUGACCAUGGAUGAUGAAAAAUUCUAAAUUGAAUUGCAUGCACUAGGGAAACCUAAAUCGAUGAUGACUAAACAAAUCUAAGUAGGAAGUGCAGGCUACGAAUCAAAGUAAGUUGAGAUUCGGGCGAUUCAUACCUUAGGAUGCAAGUCCGGAAGCGAUGAGAUCGAUGGGGGGCGAGUUCCUAUAGCGCCGCCGACGACACUGCCGCCGCAGAUGUCACGCCUUAUUCUUUUUCUUUCUGCCGCCGGGCACGUCUUUUAUAGUGAAGGGGACGAGGACGACACCCACGACGGUGAAUUGGUUCCUCUCGCCCGACUCGUUGGAAAGAAGGAAGGGGACGAAAACGAGGACUUGACCUCUUGGAUCAAUCUACUAGGUGUGGUUCUGGUCGUGGACAUGAUCGGUUGAAAGCACAAUAUUUUAUCCUGAACCAUUAUGAUUAAACUAAUUAGGUUUAUUCUUUUUAAUCCCCCCACCAAAUCGGACGGCUAAUAAAAAUCGGAGGGGCAAGUACUCGAAAGUACUCCAGUACUGCCCCAAUCACCGUAAAGGAGCUCAUAGGUUUUACCAAUGUAUUUAUUUUACUAUAGGCACAUACGAUUUCAGUGGGUGGCCUAGAACUUGUAUGAUCAGCAUAUUUAAGUCAGUGAAAAAUAUGGAAGAUAUCAGUGAGCAUAUUUACAUUAGUUACAAACCCACAUUCGCUAGCAUGAGCAGUGAACAACCAGAUGUAUGGAAAAUCCUAGAUACAUUUCCAUGCUAGCCCUAGUAUAUGUGGAUAACUGGGUCACCAAACACUCGGAAGCAAUAUAAUGCGCUUAUUACCAGUGAAGAGUUUGAAGGCUGUCGGCACGAUCCGGCGCUGUGGUAUCCAGAACACGUCUGCCUGCCUUCUUCAUUUAGAGUCCCGGGUCGAUGAUGACGGGUUUCGCCCUCUGAAACCUACACACCCAGAUUCACAAACCAACAAGAGCAGUACCUUAUAUCAUUUCGUUCAUCAUAG